AUGGAGAAAUUUGAUAAAGCAAAUUAUUUUUACUUUAUACCACCAGAAGGCAAGUCACAGAGUUCUGAAUACAUGGAUAUACCCGAACGAGAAAACUCACCGCUAAGAACUGAAUGGCUGGAAUCUAACAACAAAGCAGGCCUUCUAAAUAAAUAUUAUAAAAGCUAUGUCCGGCCAUUUAAAGAAAAGGGAGAAAAGAGCACAGAAAUGGAUUUUUAUACUUCUAUUGAAGAUCCUGUACGGAAACAAAGAAUAUAUCCAAGUUAUCAAUUUAGAGAUGUCAUUGCUAAACAACGAACGUGGAACGUAAAAUAUCCUCGCGAAACGUAUCCUCUUGACCCUAAAGCAUAUGAUGGAUUUUUAGAUACAUUUAGUAAAGGAUCAAUUGCUGAUUUUAAUCCAGAAGAUUACGGUUUGGUAGCGUCAAAUAUGAUUAUAACAAAAUCUACAGGUACUAAUGAUCAAGAAACUCGAAUAUUACCUG